ACAACAUACUGUGUACCUUCAGUAUAUUAAGCUGUACCAAUAACAUGCUAAACUACUUCCGGUUGUUACAGCGCCGCGUGCCCGCUGAAACGCAGCACGUUGAACCCGCCGCGUGUCUGUCGUCUUUGAUGAAGGAGAAAAGCCGGAUUCCCUCAUGUCCCUCAAUGAAUUUACAAACGUAACUAUAUCACCAGACAUACUUAUAUUAGUGCAGCUUGAAGGGCUAACUCCGGCUAUUAGCCGGAAACAGAACCGUCCUCAUUUGCUUGCCGUACCGACUGUCGCCAUUUUCAAAACGGCCAAGCUUUAUUGCGCACACCAGCGUUGUUCAGCAAAGAAGUUUAAAUAAAGAGACGGAUCGUUUGAAUUAUUCAAGAGAGCAGAGCAUUCUGCCCCUCCAGACCAUCUAGCAAAAUGAUGGAGCUACCCAACUACAGCAGCCAGCUGAUGCAGCAGCUGUGGGCCCUGAGGAAGGAGGGCCACUUCUGUGACUGCACCAUCCUGGUGGGAGACAGUCCUCAUCGUGCACAUAAACUGGUGCUGGCUGCAUCCAGCAUGCUCUUCAGGUCUCUCCUGGAUGGCUCCGACACCAUCUCCAUCGACACAGCUGUGGUGUCUUCGCAGGAGUUUGGCUGUCUGCUGGACAUGGUCUACACCGGCAAGCUGCCUCUGGGCAAACACAACGUCAGCCGCAUCGUCGCCGCCGCAGACAGCCUGCAAAUGUUCGACGUGGCAGUUGGCUUUAAAAACAUCCUCACCAGCCUUGUGAACCAGCAACCCCCAGCUCCAGUCUCCUCUACACAGACCCCGACCCUCACCCUGGUCAACAAACUCCAGAGUACUAAACCUGAAGGUUCAGCCUCACCCGACAAGGACGAGUCGAUUUCAGACGAGACUCAGUCGAAGGCUGAGCUGAAGAGGGAAGAAUGUCAGGGUGACAGUGAAGACGCAGAGGGACCAGCAUGUAAAAAAGCCUGUCUGGAACACUCUGAGUCCUCAGGUCCUGAAGAAGCCAAAUCCUCAGAGACUGUAGAGGAGGAAAAUGACAGUACAGCAGCUGAGGUGUCCAAUGGUCCUGCCUGUGGUCUUCUGGAACAUUCCUCUCAGCUGAUAGAGCUCCUCACCAACAUGCCAUCAGUCCUGGAGCUGUUGAGCCAUGCAGCACACAGCAGCCUGGAUGAACAGGAGAGACAGGUUGUGUGUGAGUGCUGUGAGGAGGCAGAUUCCAGCUCAGCGAUGGAGAAGCUGAUGAGCAGAGUGAAGGAGGAGAAGAUCAGUGAGGGAGCGCUCCUCAAGCUGCUCCGCGCUGUCCAACAGAAAGCUCCUUCCUCCUUCCCCACACCACUGCUCUCUCUGCUGGAGGAGGUGGAGAAGAACACACAGGAGCCAGACACAAGCCAAACUGCAGCUGACUCAGAACAGCAGAACGGUAACAGCAAUGAAGAAAAGCAGAAAGAAGAGGGAGAGGAAGAAAACAGCAAGGAGGAGACCGAAGAGGACGAGAAAGACGUAAACGCUACCACCGACUCCUCCUCCCCCCCCCCCCCCUCCCCCUCCUCCCCCUCCUCCCCCCCCCAGCCCUACUCCUGUCGCUGGUGCAAGAAGGGUUUCGCGUACAAGUGUCGAAUGGUGGCCCACGUGAAGCGCUGCUCCAUGUCCCAGGAGUGCGAGCAGCAGUGUCCUCAGUGCCCCGAGAAGCUGGCCAACCAGCGGGCUCUGCAGCGCCACCGGGCCGAGGCUCACCGCAACACGGCGCGAGUCAAGAAGAAGGUGGCCUGCGACCUCUGUGGAAGGACCUUCGCCCACCCUUCAGGUAUGAUUUACCACAAGCGCACCGAGCACUUUGAAGAGAAGCCGUUUGCUUGCGAGGAAUGCGGCGCAAAGUUUGGAGCCAACUCAUCUCUAAAGAAUCACAUGCGGCUACACACGGGAGAGAAACCCUACCACUGCAAACACUGUGACAUGAGCUUUAGCGUGGCUGCUGCACUGGCAUACCACACCAAGAAGAAACACUCUGAGGGGAAGAUGUAUGUGUGUCAGUAUUGCAAGGCUGUCUUCGCCCAGUCCAUUGAGCUGACACGCCACGUGCGAACACACACCGGCGAUCGGCCGUAUGUCUGUCGGGAAUGUGGAAAAGGCUACAGCCAGGCCAGCGGGCUGACCGUCCACCUGCACACCUUCCACAACUUGUCAGAGCCUCAUGACUGUCAGAAGUGCUGUCUCAGCUUCUCUUCUUUGGAGGAGCAUCGGCAGCACAUAGAGGAGUUCCACCCGAAGGAGUUCCACAAAUGUCCCACCUGCAACAAGGUGUUUACCAGCGCCGCCCUGCUGGACAAACACAAGGCCACACACACUGGAACCAAGCCCUUCAGCUGUGACCUGUGCAACAAGUCUUACCAGCAACUGUCAGGCUUGUGGUACCACAACAGGACCAACCACCCCGAUGUGUUUGCUAACCACACCCGGCAGCUCAAGACCCUGGUUCAGUGUGAUGUCUGCUUCAAGUUCUUCCCCAGCGCUGCCAGCGUGGCCAAACACCAGGCAGCUGAGCACCAAGGCUCGGCGGCUUCGACAGUGCGUUGUCUGUACUGCCCGGCUGUGUUGGGCGGGGAGGAGGAGCUGCAGGAGCACAUCAGCAGCCAGCAUGUCAGCCAGAGCAGCGAGGCAUUCAGCUGCCCCCUCUGCUCCCUGGUCUGUACUUCCCAACUGGAGCUGCAGGAGCACCUGCUCUCCUGCCACAUGGAGGCACAAGAGGAGCAGGAGGCCGGGGAGGAGCAGGAGGCCUCCACCUCCCACACAGUGAUCUCAACAGAUCCGACAGGUGACGAGGGGGCGGAGUCAGCUAUCUCUGAGGAGCAGUCACAGCUGGCAGCCGCCCAGCAGGUGUUUGUGGCUCUGGCAGGUGGAAGGGAGGGCAGUUCAUCAGCGGAAGUGGUGGAAGUCAACAUGUAUGACCUCCUGAACAGCUCUGUCACCUUCAUCUGCGAGGACAAACAAUCAGGUCCUGACUCUUAACUAUGAACUUUGACCCUUGGAGGAUCACUCUGAACACUGAGCAGUUUUAUGGUUUUAUUAUCUUUUCUGGUCAUUAACGCAACUACAACUCAGGCUAAACUGACAUCAUUCACAAGCCAAGUCCAUGUUUAGUCCACCAGAAAAGAUUUAGUGUUGCAGUUGUAAAUACAUGUGGUGAAUGUGAAUUUCACUGUAAAUUAUAUACAGAAACCCAGGUUGGUUUAUAUGGGAUGUCCCCAAAGAGCACUGAAAGUCUAACACCAAACACAAAAGCAGAAAAAUAAAUAUGAGCUCCCCCAG